GUGCCAAACAAUGUAUUCCCUCCUAUUGUCAUUAAUUUUAUUUUCUCCUACGACAAACCACGAAAUACCGGAUUGUGAAUCCCAUAGCGACAUUUUCAAAGACAGCAGAACAAUAUUUUUUCCAAAUGUUCGAUCCGAAAUAGUCGAGGAUGUUUUAACUAUUCGUAUAAAUAUAUCCAACCAUGAAAAAUUCAAGGAUAAUAGGAAAUGUAGUAAGGAUGCUGAUGAACAAUUAUUUUGGCACAAGUCCAUGGACAGGAGCGAAAUUAGGACAUUGCAAAGUAAAAUUAUGCAAAAGUACAUGGACCUAAACGCAGAUCCUUGCGUAGAUUUUUACCAGUACGCCUGUGGAAACUGGAAGAAAUAUUUCCACAUCCCACCCGAUCGUUCCGCCUAUGAUACUUUCGAGAUAAUUCGAGAAAAUCUGGAUGUGGUUUUGAACGAUAUUUUACGCCAUAAUAGUGAAGACGACUCAAAUGAAGCGCCACUUAUAGAAACACUAUUUGAAUAUUCAGUUGAUUGUAACGAUACGACGGACGCAACUGUUAAGGCGAAAAUGUUUUAUGAAUCUUGCAUGAACGAAGAACAAAUAGCAAAAAGAGGCGGUACGCCUUUGCUUGAAAUUAUUGACUUAUUGGGUGGUUGGCCUUUAUUGUCUCAAAAAAAGAAACCUUUCGAUUUGUUCCAAUUAUUGGCAAGAUUGCGCUUGUUGACUAAUGACGUACUUAUCUCACAAUGGAUUGGUCCAGACAUGAAGAACGCCAACCAAUACAUCGUCCACAUUGAUCAACCCACACUGGGGUUGCCAUCUAGGGAUUAUUUUUUAGAUCCGAAAAAUAUCAGAUACAUUAGGGCUUAUAAAAUACUGAUUUUAGACACUGCCAAGCUGCUGGGCGCCGAUUUAAGUGACGCGGAAGCAGACGUGGACAAGAUGGUGGAUUUCGAAACCAAAUUGGCUGCCAUAAUGGCGUCGAGCGAGGAAAGGAGGAACAUUUCGGAGAUUUAUCUUAAAACUGAUUUGUCCUCUAUGACGCUAUACUUUCCUCAGUACGAUUGGAAGCGAUAUUUUGAUUUGGUUUUAGGUCCCAGUGUGAAUCUUCGCACUCCAGUCGCUGUCUAUUGCGUGAAAUACCUCUUGGAUCUGGUUCAGUUGCUGAGCAACACUGACAAAAUCACAAUCCAAAACUAUUUGAUUUGGAGAUUUGUGAGGCAGAGGAUCAAUAAUUUAGAUUACCGUUUUCUGGCAUUGAAACAACGUUUCAAUUACGUGAUGUUCGGCCGGGAAAAAGCGCCCGAACGAUGGCAAUUCUGCGUCGGCCAAGUGAACGCACAUUUGGGCAUGGCCUUGGGCGCCAUGUUCGUAGAAAAACACUUUGACAGUUCGAGCAAAAGCGACACGAUCGCCAUGACGCACGCGCUAAUGACGUCAUUUAAAGCGAUCCUCCAGGAAAGUAGUUGGCUGGAUGAGCACACCAAGCAGUACGCUAAAAUGAAGGUGGAAAGUAUGGAUUUGAAAAUAGGGUUUCCUGAUUUCGUUUUGAAUCGUACCGAGCUGGCCAUGCGAUAUUACGACGUGACGAUAAGUAGGGAUUGUUUUUUCGAGAAUGUUUUGGGGAUUUUGAGGCACUCGAGCAGGGCGGAACAGAAAAAGUUGGGGUGCGAUGUCAACAGGACGCUUUGGAGUACUUCGCCCGCUGUCGUUAAUGCUUACUACAGUCGGAACAAGAAUCAAAUUAUGUUUCCUGCUGGUAUUCUUCAACCGCCAUUCUACCACAAACACUUUCCGAAAGCGUUGAAUUUCGGAGGGAUCGGUGUCGUGAUCGGACACGAAAUCACUCACGGAUUCGACGACAAAGGCCGGUUGUUUGACCAGCAAGGCAACUUGAUGAUGUGGUGGCGAGAAUCCGCCAUUAGGAAUUUCUACGAAAAAGCCCAGUGCAUAAUCGACCAGUACAGCCAGUACGUUUUGCCGCAGCUCAAAGUGCCCAUUGACGGAUAUUUGACGCAAGGUGAAAACAUUGCGGACAACGGAGGCCUGAAGGAGGCUUUCAGAGCGUACGAAACGUGGACGGAAGCUAAUCCCAAAGCAGACGAGUGUUUACCAGGCUUAAAUUUAACAAGUAAGCAAUUAUUCUUUUUGAAUUUCGCUCAAGUGUGGUGCGGCCAACAAAAAAUCGAAGAAGCAAAGAAUCGCAUGAAAACGUCCGUACAUUCCCCAGGGAUUUUCCGGAUCAUUGGCGUGCUAAGGAAUUCUAUUGAAUUCGCCCGAGAGUUUGAAUGCGAGGAAAACAGUCGCAUGAAUCCGUUAAAUAAGUGUAUUAUUUGGUAAAAAAAAAAAAAAAAUGUCUCACCUGCACUGGCUGUCAUAUUUGUGUCUUUCCGUCUUUUUUUUUUCGUGCGUCUUUUGUCUCUUAAAAGUGCCGCCCACAUGUAGAAUAGAAACAGCAUACUUCCGAUGUAGAGAUAGAGAUAGUAGGCUUCGUAAAAGGACGGGGGGAUGUAGGUGGAAAUUACUUCCGCCAUGGGAAACGCUGUUCCCAUGACGACCAGCAGUUUGCCAUAAAGCGCUGAGAGGGUAGUUGUAAGAGCAUCC